AUGAAUGAAUCACAUGUGCAAUAUAAUCAGACGCUGUUACGAAUGUAUGAGCAGAAUAUGAGUGCAACAAAUGAGAUUCAACUGAUUUUAGAAUUGACUUUAUCUAAUCUAUCAACAAUAAACACAUCCAGACAGAUUUAUUACUUUUUUGAAGAUUACGUGAAUACUUUAAAAAAUCCUUACAAGCGGAUAUUACUUGUUCUGUAUAUAUUAAUAUUAGUAUUUGGAACGUUGAUUAAUUUACUGUUAAUACACACAAUACGCAAACUACGUAAUCCUAAGUCAUUAGCCAAUAGAAGAAUGUUAAUCAUACGUGUAUUAUGUGAUUUAGCUUUGGCGUGGUUUGGUGUGCCGUAUACAGCGUAUACAGCUGUCUACAAGAAUUGGUUGUUAGGCAAUGUUAUGUGCAAAAUUUCUGCAUUCCUAAUGUACUUUAUUGUUGCAUUGAACAAUUUUCUUCUAGUAGCUAUCUGUCUAAAUCGCAGUGUUGGUAUUAGUCAAAAUGGCAAACACUUAACUGAUUCAACAGUUAGCGUACCAUGUCGUGUUAAGUGUUUACUAGUCGCAGCUGGAUUAUUAGCACUGGUGAUUGCAUUUCCAGGUGGGAUUGUCAGUGAACAAGUACAGAUUCAGUUACCAGAAACAGUUAAAAUAUAUUCUGACUUAUAUUCAGAUAUAUCAGACAUGAUACCAAAGAUAUGCAAGGAUUCCUGGAGUCGUGAAGCUCAACUAGCAUAUGACGUUAUAUUAAUAGUGGCAAUUUAUGUGAUACCCCUCAUUGUGGUGUGUUUAAGUCAACAUGUUGUCACAGUGCAUUUAAAACAAUCCCAGAGAUUAUUGAUGCUUUCUGGUCAUCGAAAUACAACAGCAUGGACAAGAAGACGUCAGCGGUUAACAAGAUUAUGUGUUCUUAUGGCAGCAUUAUUUGUUUUAUCUUGGUCACCUAAUCAUGUACUUAAUUUAUUAACUAAAACUUUUCAUAUUAAUGAUCCAAUUACUGAGAUUUUACUUGAUUCUUCAAUGUGUUUAGCACUGUCGAACGCUGUAACAGGUCCAUUACUACUAAUUACAACAUGCUCAAAUUAUCAUCGAUAUGUUUUCCGCUUUUUUUACCGACCAUCAGUGACAAGUCAUUCUACUCAAAGUUAUUCAAUGCCAGCUAAUUCAAUGAGAUCAUCAACUGGGAUCGGUUUGCCAGUGGAAACAUUUCCAGUGAUUAGCAAUCGUAUUGGUGAGACAAAUUUGAAGAUAGUGAAAAAUCCACGAACAUUAGAAAUUGUUGGCGAUGAAUGUGAUUCUAGUUAA